AUGGAGUGGGAGAAGGAAGGCGCUGAAUCAUGGGCAUUGCCAAAUUACGGCCCUCCCCGAUCAUUCAUCGUCGAUAUCCGAAAUGAUGAGAAUCCCGCGAUCGGUGAUAGCUCGGGGCUUGACAAUGAUUAUGAGAACACCACAGACCUUGCUGGUCGGGCAGAAAAUAAGAAGUCAUUACCACCCCUCACAUCAAAGCGAUUGACACCAGCAGGUCGUCUUGCCUCUGCUACUCGACCGCGGACGAUCCAAUCGCUGAUCUUGAGACACCUUGGAACUAACCAAAUCCCGUACAGACAUCAGAAUGCCACGGAGAAGGGAGGUUCAUUUGCUCACGGUCGGCCUGGUUGGUCUGGUCAGCCUGGUCAGCCUGGUCGGCUUGAUCGACCUUGGGAUUCGCGCAGACAGAGAGGACUUCCAAAGCAUGAUCGCAAACCUUCGCUCGUCCCAGGUGACUCAGUGGGAAAAGCAAAGUGGCGCAAGGGCAAUGCUCCAGAUGGUACGGAGUACUUUGAGAUUCAACUUUUUUCGUGUCCAACAGCUUACGUUGAGCCAGCUUUGUUUAGACUCCCGUUUGAAUACGCUUUGUUUGAAGCCAAAGUCGCACAAGCAGAUGACGAUCUGGAGGGCACCGUCUUUUGCAUCCAACUCAUAUCAAAGACCGGCGCUUAUGUGAGAGUCAAAGUAGCAAAUGCCAAAGUUCUUGAAAUUUGGGGCAGGGAUAAUGAGGUAUCCGCUGCUCAAAAAAUGGUACAAAGCUGGGUGGACCGCAUCAACCCCCAGGGUCUUACAACUAGGGAGCCAAUUCGCUGGGACAAGAUCCACGCUCAUUCAAACACGCAAGUUGUGAGCUCCAAGGCCAAGGAGGCGCACAGUGCCAAGUCUGAGCGACUGCGUCAUGAACCGGAGAACCCCACGGAUUUCUUGUACAUCUUCCUAUGGCCUCGUCGCGGCCCUUCGCUUGAUGAUUGUCUAAGCCAACGCCGCCAGCAGCUAGACCAGAUUCGCGAAGGGUAUGCUGUUCACCUCUACAAAAGGGACGGAGUCACAAAUCGCAUUUUUGUCUCUGGAAAUAGCGCGGAAUCACUUUGUGAGGUCGCCGAUGAGCUGCGUGAGAUGUGGCGAGGACUGGCGAUUCAGGCUGAGACUGAGAUUGCACUAUUCCUUCUUGAACCACCCACUUCGAGCCUGAUGACAACAGAUAUUAUCGUGGAAACAAGGGAAGAGUUUUCUAAGCCAGUCCUGUGUGGAAUCAGGAUGCCCAAGGAAGAAGCUAUUGCCUGGGAAUCUCUUGCGCAGGGCUUCAAACAGGAAAACAAAGAUGUCAUUCAAACCCAUCUCCGAAAGGCAUUGGGGUUAGUGCCAAACUUCAAUGAGUUGCUUCAAAUGCGAGCCAAGUUUGGAUGUUUCUUCCUAGAUACAUGCAACAAGCCAGCAAACGGGAGCACUUACUCGUUCAAAGAGUUCCGUGAGGUGUUGAGACUCGGGAAUGUGGAGGGUCGGUUGCUUCCAGGGGUUUGCUUGUCACAGGAAGAGAUAUUCAAGAGGAUCAAGGCGGCAAAGGACUUGCUUGCACCAUGGGCAGGUGUCAAACUCGACUCCCUGAUGGAAAUUAUACCCAAGCACUCCGCCAGCUUUGAUUACCGGACGAGCAGUGACGAAAUCAUCCGGAUAGAGAUGUACUUCUCGCUGCCGUAUGGAACAUGCGAAUUCGAGGUCAACGGAUCUCGCUGCUUCAAGCGACGCCAACCAAAAGCCUCAGGAGACCCGAAGAAGCCAAUGCAGAUUGGGAUGAUUGAUUUUGAGAGGGCUGACUGGCAAAUCGAGAUCAAAGCACUCACGAUUCACAAAGAGCGAGAGGUCGCCGCCGAGCUGGACCGGUUUAAGAGAUCGAUGAGAUACAAGUGGAAUCCAAGCGCGACAAGCAUUGGGUCUUUGCCCCAGCGCAAAGGGGAUUUGCCUAACGGUGCACCGAUCGAUCGGUUUGUUGAGAAGUCAGCAAUCCAGCUGAUUGUCAUCGGCACCCCAUACGUUUUCGAGCUGUCCCGGUUUGAUGAGUAUGUACACACCCAUCGACAUUGGCCUAAAGUGCCCACAAAAAUCUCAUGGGGUGCUACGCUUUUCAACCCCGAAUGGGAUGACAUCCUGGCCGCACAGGCAAACGGCAACCUUGCCAGAACUCCGUGCUUGUCCUCUUUCUUCCCGGCAUCGCCCAGGGAUAUUGCAAAGGCCAAAGAGGGCAUGAGCAAGGAGGAAGCUCAGGCAAGGGAUGGUGAAAUCCGACAGCAACUAGAUGCGGAGGAGCUGAAGCGGUUCAUGAGCAAGGUUCAGACACUGGCCCGCAUGAUGGGCUCCGCCCACAUUAACAUGGACGAAGUUCUGCAGACUGAUAUCGGAACUCUCUUCUGA